ACAUUGACGCAAUAAAUAACGGACGCAACACGUGAAUAACGUUCCAGUCCCGUGAUAAAUGUCGCAGAAUAGAGUUCUGAAAAUUUGACAUUGCAUUUUAUUUGACAGCCGAUGAUAGACGGCCGCGGGACACGUGCGCUUCCGUAAAGAUUCGCCCGCGUGGACUUUCGAGAAAAAUCCUACACGUACUACGCUACGGAUACGAGCUUGUUAGAAGAAUGCGUGCCGAUACGUACAUUCUGCUGAUUUAUCUGUCAUUCGCGAUUUUCGGUGGUGCUGAAAAAAAUGACAGCGCCUUCGUAGCGACGCACGAGUGGCAAACGGUGAAGAAGGGAACUCCUAUCCCCAAAGGACUUCAUGUAAGACAUAAUUUUGCAACUGGAGUGACAGAGGCUAAAUUAAUGGACGAUACAGAGGAAGUAAAAGAAGAUGAUGAAAAUACAAACCGAUCAAAUUCCAAGUCACUGACUUUACAUCCUGAUAAGUCAGUGCUGGAAAAUGAAGAAGUGGAUCCUGUGAAAAUAAAGAAAGAUUCUGAAAUUUUAAAAUUCCCUAUUGAUGAAUUGAAAGCAAGAUUGAAAAAACUUAAACAGGAAGAAGAAAAUGUAUCCAAUAUGAAUGAUGGAGAAACUAAGCCAAAAAGUGAGAAGCAUUUUAAACGUUUUUACGAAACUUUGAAAGAGGAACUUAAUGCUCUAAAACUCAAUGUUACAAGUGAUUCUGAAUUAUUAAAGAGAUUUUUCCAGAAAUUCCAAUCCUAUAAAAGUAGUGUCACUACAGGAACAUUAACCAGCAUAGAGAUUGAAGAAGUUUUGGAUCUUUUGAACAAUUUAGAAUAUCUUCUUCAUCAAAUUGACAAUGCUAAAAUAUUUUCAGAUAUGGAUGGGCUAACUAAGAUCAUAUCACCAUGUCUCAAUGGAACUAAUAAUGAAAUAAAAUUGGAAGCAUUACGCCUUUUGGGAGCAGCUGCGCAAUCAAACCCAAAAGUGCAAGCUAAGGCAUUAGAAAAUGAUUUUAUUCAAAAAGUAUUGCACGUUUUAUCUACGAAUAGUAAAAUUGAAGUAAAAUCCAGAUGUCUCUAUGCUCUAAGUGCCUUAAUACGCCAGUUUCCUGCUGCUCAGAAAGCUUGGAUUGAUCAUGGUGGUUUGCAAUUAUUUGGAAAAAUUCUAUACGAUGAUCAAUUACAGAUACAAAUGAAAGCAAUAAAACUAAUUAAUGAUCUAAUAAUUGAAAGACAAAAUCUACAAGAGAUCUAUGAUAUUGAACAGCGUCAGCAAAAAACAAGGGAAUAUGCUAUUACAGAUUUCGAACAAAGAUUAUUGAGACACGAUUACUGCAAGCUACUAAGCAACUUAAUGAUAAAGUGCUUCAAUGAGAAGCUAACUAGCCAAUUCAGCAUAGAAAAUAAUGAUUUUCUCGAAGUAGUUUCAGACAGCAUGAUCACGAUAUCUCCUGUUUGUAAAACUGAAUUUAAAAACAUUAAGCUUUUGCUUCUACCUGUUAUAGAUAAUCUCUUAUACUUUUAUCAAAAUUUGGAUAAUCUUAAACUGACUGUGGAUGAAACUGACGUUUUACAAAGUUUAAUAUUGCUGAUUGAAAGAUUAAAAGUUACUAUUUUUGAAGCAUCUCAUGAUGAAUUAUGAAUAUUUUGAUCAGCAUUUAAUUGAAAGAAUUAAAGACUACAAAUUGAAUUCAAUCCUUGUAGGGACAGAUGUAAGAGUGCAAUUAUCUGUGUACAACAGUAAUCAUUCGUAAUAGAAUAGGGCUUUCUUGAUACAUAUUUGUUUAAACUGAAGUAAAAAAUUUGUAAAAAAGAAGAUUGAUCAUCAUAAUAAUAGUUUUGAAGAAAAAUAUAUCUACGGAUAAACAAUUAAAUAUAAUUUUUAUAGAUCUUAAGAAAAAUCCAUUUAUAAUAAUAAAAAAAAAAUAUUUUAUUAUUCUAAAUGACAUAUUGUCCACAUUCUAAAUAACUUAUCAUACUUGCACGAUAAAUCAGUGGAACGUGCAGAUUCUCGUCUCUUGCAUCUGAAGUAUAAAGUACUAGUCAUUACAUAUCAGUUAAAUUUUUAUUCACUGUUUGAAUAUGUUAUGAUUGUUAGUGAUUUUUAUCGUUAUAGUCUAUUUUUACCGUUAUAUGAGAGUUUUCUUUUUAUUGGCCUAUUAAAUAAUUAAACGCUUGUAUGUUUUAAGUACAGGAGACGGGAACUUGAUUUAAUCAAUCAGAGCUCAAUCAAUAUUCCAUAUAUAUAAUUCACAUUUCUCCCAGCGACUAAGAGAUAUCAUUUAAAAUGACUGAAAUAUAUGUAUAUGUAUAAUAUGUAAGACUUCAAUUGUUUGCUGUCAGCUAGUAAAUGCAAUUGUUUAUGCAAACAUAUACAACUGUUAUGUAUUUUCUGUUUUAGAAUUAUUUAAUAAAUUAUUUUGUAUCAACAAAA